CGAGGUAUCUGGUGGCCGGGGAAAUCAAUACACGUUUCCAAAACCGCUGCCCAGAGCCAAGCACACCGUACGAAUGCGGGCGGCCGACUCCCGGGUCCUGGAGUGGGGCCCCUGGAGCCAGCCCGUGGAGUUUGGUACGUAUCCCCCCCGAGAAGGGGGGUCAACUGCUGCAUUUGUCUCCAUGGUCAUGCUGGGCACCCUCACCUGCGCCUUGAUCUUCCUCUACCUAUUUUAUAGGUUUGUUGGGGUGCCCAUUCCUCGCGUCAAAGAUAAAGUGAACAAUGACUAUCUCACCGAUGAUGAGAUCAUCUGGGAGAAAUUUACCCCAGCCGCCGGGAAAGGGGACAUCGAAGAGAUCUUUUCCGUGGAAGAAGUUGAAGAGUCCACAGCAAAAGUGUGAACCUCAGAGGCCUCCAGCUCCCCAGGCGUUUUGGAAUUUGUGCGGAAAUUUUUGUUUUGUUUUCGGGUGUUUUUUUGGGUUUUUUUUUUUUAUUGGUCUUGUUUUCGGAAUGUUUCUUGUUUGUGCGUUGUCGGCCGAAGAUAUGUUUUUCUCAACGGAUGUUUAUUUUUUUAAUUUAAAAAUAUUUUUUUAUUGAAUUUUUAGACAGAGAGGAAGGGAGUGGGAGAGAAACGUUGAUGAAAGGAGGGACUUGUAUGC